AACUCUCGUGCUCUCCUUGAUUCCGACCAGCUGUUUCCCGCCUCGAGACACAGUGAUCAGCUGCAAACACACACGUAGUAGUAGGCGGAGGCGCCACACGCACGCAGGGAAAUCCGCAUCAGCUGGAGCCACACACAGUUAGCUUAGCUAGCCUUUUAGCUACAACCUCGAACGAUCAAUAAUAAGACGCAAUACUUAGCUAUGUGCAAUCGAACAUAGUACAGGAGUGUUUUUUUUUUUUUUACGGCAAGGAAAUUGGAAAAAUAGCCUCCAAACACAGAACAGACUCUCGGGGUUACAGCUGAAGAUAUCUAACGUUAAGUAGCUAGGUAACUAAAGCAUGGAAUACUUCAUGAUGCCUACGGAGAAGGCUUUACAACAAUUCAAGAAAUCGGAGAAGGAUGUUAUUGGAGGGCUUUGUAGUCUGGCCAACAUCCCGCUCAGCCCGGAGACUGCUCAGGACCAGGAGAGGCGUAUCCGCCGGGAGAUCGCAAAUAGUAACGAGCGGCGUCGAAUGCAGAGCAUCAACGCAGGGUUCCAGUCGCUGAAAACACUCCUGCCACACACAGACGGCGAGAAACUCAGCAAGGCUGCCAUCCUACAGCAGACGUCAGACUACAUCUUUGCUCUGGAGCAAGAGAAGACCCAGCUACUGCAGCAAAACAACCAGCUCAAACGCUUCAUACAGGAGUUCAGUGGUUCCUCCCCAAAGAGGAGGCGUGGGGCGGAGGAGAAGGAUGAAGGGAUUGGCUCCCCAGACAUUCUGGAGGAGGAGAAAGCCGAGGAGCUGAGGAGAGAGAUGUUGGAGCUCAGACAACAGUUGGACAAGGAGCGCUCGGCGAGGAUGAUACUAGAGGAACAGGUGCGUUCUCUGGACAUGGUGCUGCACCCAGAGAGGCUGAAGGUGAUCACCCAGCAGGUCCAGGAGGAGCAGGCUCACAUCCAGACCCAGACCUUACUGCGGCUACAGCAGCUCCAUGCAGAGACCAGUGCAGAGAGGGACAGACACGCAGCACACAGCCCACAGGUGCGGUCCCCAGCCCCAACUCACCACCCCACGGUCAUCGUCCCCGCCCCCACGUUGACCCCGCACCACGUCACCGUGGUUACCAUGAGCCCCGCCUCCAACACCAGCACAGUGUCAACGUCCCGGCAGAACCUGGAUACUAUCGUACAGGCCAUCCAGCACAUCGAACGUACCCAGGAGAGGAGGGGCAGUGCUGAGGAGGAGAGGAGACGAGCAGUCAUCGUCAGCCCUGCCCACGUCUCCAUGGAUACCACCGGCUCUGACACGGCCUCCGACAGUGAGGGAGAGGAGGACUGCUCCAUGAACUAACACAGAGAUACACACACACAUACCGUGUUUUCUAUACAGUUUCAGACAGCAUGAGCCAAGACUGCUCAAUGAACUGUUAGCUACCACACACCAAUACACACACACACACACACACACACACAUAUAUAUAUAUAUAUAUAUAUAUAUAUAUAUAUAUAUAUAUAUAUAUAUAUAUAUACACACACACAAACCAAUACAUACUGUAUAUACACACAACGUGUUCUCUCCAGACAGUUUGACAGCGAGGGAGAGGACUGCUUGAUGAACUGUUCGCUGCCACACACACACACACACACACCGAUACAAACACACACCCAGACAGCAUCUGACUGGUAGAGUGAAACAAUGACAUUUGUUCUACUAAAAUCCAAAUUCAAUCAUAAACCAGUGACAAAUGGAACACACACACGUUAGAGAUACCCACCCACUGUAGAAGACGGUCACAAAGAUUCCCUCCAGACGCCUGACUACUUUUUGAUAUAAAUGUUUCUUUUUUUGAACCUGUCUUUGGCAUUAUAAUGACUAUGGAGUCAGCCAGUAGGUAUGAUAAGCUCUGUUCAGAUCGUGUGCUUUUAAAUCACAGAUGAAGAAGUUGGCUCAAUAUGGCAGUCUAUCAUAAAGGGCUUUCCAGACAAAGCUGCAGUGGAAUUCUUUUCAGGAGGCGCGAUCGGCGUUGCUCGUACACGUGAAGGCUGCUCAGCCGAGGCGGAGGAAAUGGGUAUCUGCUCUGUUUUGGCAACCUUGCUCCGCCCGAUCACUUCCUGUCUGGAAAGUCUUUAAGACAAUAGACAGCGAUAGGUUGGCUCUGGCAGAAUACAACACAGCUGGUACUUAGCUGGAUCCCAACAAUCACAUGUAUGAAUGAAAGUUCCAGAAUAAGCUGUGUCACUAGCUCUGUUAGGGUUACAUAGAAGCAAGCAGUGGACCAUUCUCUUAACGUUUCAAAGUUGUUUUCCAUAUUUUCUAUAAAAAAAAGUUUUCCUAAGUGUCGGGUUUACUAAGAAGAGGAUAGUUUCCAAUUAGGUCUCUUUAAUUUUUGUUUAUUUCAGUGACUAUGCACUAAACGUUUUUAGGUAUUUAUGCAAUUCCAAGCUACAGUAAAUUAGUUUUAUAGGUGGGGUAGUGUUGAAUAUUAGGCAAAGUGUUGUUGUUGUUUUUAAUGACCCCUUCACCCAAUAUGAAUCUAUGCACCUCCCAACAAGAGAACAUAACAUGCGUACGGUAUAGAUGGGUUGAUUGUCUAGCAACAAAACCAAUGCGCUCGCAGCUAAGGGGCAAAACAGACAGGAUUGGCUAAAUUAUAUUUUGUCUCUAAAUGUUUAUUGAAAACAUAAAUACACUUCUCUCAAAUACAUUGUUACAAUUGUUGGUUAGCUAGCAAGUGAAUUUGAGCCAUAGUCAAAACACCUCAAAACAAGACAUGGUAUCAGUAACGAGCUGAAAAGAGCCAGCUACGAUUCCCCACAAGGCAGCUUCUAGGCAUUGUUGCAAGCUAUCUGACCAUUCAGAAUCAACACCACACGGCCUCAUCGUGUGCAUCAUUUUCCUGAAAUGCUCAGCCAACCCGUCUAUGUCAACUGGUGUCUACAGUCCUAACACACAUGUAACUACAUGCAUUUAAGAAUGUAGUCUUUUUCUCUGAUGGUGCUAACAGGGAUCGUAUGCCCUCUGAGACCCCCAACUUUUACCAUUCGAUUUUGAAACCCCCUCGGGGCAUAUCCUAACCCGGCGGGUAGCGCUCGACUCCUACACAAGCACUGAACUAGAAAUAUGCCCCGGUCCCUUGCCCCUCGUACCCCUCCAUGUUGUCAGUUUGUUUUGGGUACGGGACUGGAAUCCCUGUUAUUUCUCUGGAAGCCUGGAGUUUCUCACUCACUUCCUAUGAUAUGAUGCUAAGGGUCAGGAGUUUUUCCUGAACCAUGUUUAAGGCUACAACUAGGGCCAUGAGUUUUCCUGUACAGAUCUCGUGAUCAGGGAAGAACAGGAGUUUCUAGGAAUGCUGAAUCUGAAAUGAUGCUGUAUAAACAUUCCAUUUAUUUUGACUUUAUUUGAGUUUUUUCUUGUUUCAUCCCUCCAUGCUCUAUUGCCAAUUGAUGCUGUGUUUUGUUUUUUGUCUUAAAUUAGAUUUUAUUCUGGGAUAUCCUCAGUCAUUGUCUGCGUACGAAACGGCACCCUAUUCCCUACAUAGCGCACUGAGGCACUGGCCAAAACUAGUGCACUAUUUAGCAUAUAGGGUUCCAUUGUCGACGUAGCCACUGUCUACAUGAAGCUCUUCCUGUGUGAGAACUUGGCUCCAGUGGGACAUUUGGGGUGACGAAGCUCAUUCAUUUUGUGAUUCAACUUCAUAACUGGUUACAAUAUUAUGUUUAUUUAGCCUUGUCCCAGAUCUGUUUGUGCUCUUGCCUAACUCUGUUGUCAUUGUCAAGCCAAAACGCAUGACAAUUCCAUUAGGAGUUGGCAAGAGAGCAGAAACAACCUAUUGUCUGUUGUAGGGGGAAAUUAUAAUUUUGUGUGAACUUCAAAUCUGGUUAGAAUAGUAGCUAUACUUACUGACUGCUGCGAGACUGCGUUGUGUCCCAAAUGGCACCCUAUAUAGUGAACUACUGUUUACCAGGGCCCUGGUAUAAAGAGUGCACAGGGUAGGGAAUAGGGUUCCAUUUGGGACACCGCCAGUAUCUUCAUUGUCCUUUAUCAGAUAUAUUUAUCUUUUUGGUUGUUUCUUCUGUUCAGUUUAACGGUUUUUAUGCUAAAGAUGUGUGCGUCAUAUUUCAGCACUGGUGUCCUGAGAGAUUGUUGGUUGUUAGAGAAUCUCUUAAUAAUCAAUAAUGAGAGAUUAUCGAUAUGAAGCACUUCCCGGUCUGUACUGCCUGAAUCAAGGACGACGAUGGCGCCGAAGAUUUUUACUAUGUUGAUCAAGCUCUUUUUGCUGUGACUUAAAACCGAACAGCUGUGUUUCUCUCCUUUUCUUCAAAUAUGUUCAUUUCUCGCUCUCUCUGCCUCGCUCUCUCUGCACCCCUCCUUUUGUCCUAUUUUUUUAAUUACAGACAUUUGUAUAUUUUUUUAUUUCUUUUUUUUGUCAGUCCGAGUCGAUGAGAAGCUGUUAUAUUUUGUUUAAGAAAAAUGAACUUGUUGGGAAAAACAGGCCUUUGUAAAGAAAAAAUACAAUAAAAUUUGUACUUUGUUUUUUAAUACA